GGCGGGGACAGCAGAGAGCAGGGAUCUGUCAGCGCUGAGCUCGGUCAGUCGUGCUGUAUCCGCCGAGCAACAGUGAGGGUCUUCAUGUGUGAUUAUGACUGAGGAUAAUGGAGAAAAAUGGAAACGGCACGGACUGAGAUCACUCAUAGAGAUUUGGACUGGACGUAGAUGCUCCGCGGCCUGUUGAUUCCGCUACAGAUGUGGGAAUUUUCUGGAUUACAGUGAAGUUACUGGAAUCUUUGUCAUCUCGGUCUGAAGAAAGACAUCCAGGCGGCCUGAAAUCACUCAGACUCCCGCUGAAGCCCAGCCGCGGUUAGCUGCCUGUUACGAAGCAAUAUCGUUGUUUUAUUCUGUAGAAAGUUAUUCAAUAAGAUAAACCUGUGCAUGGCUAAAAUUAGCGGUUUGGUGUCGUUAUAUAAUUACUGUUUUAGCUGUCUGGGAUAGCAGCAGCAGGGAUAAUAGCUAAGCUAGCUAGCGGGGCUGGGGCUAGCCUGUUGUUAGCCGGAAAGCUGCGCUGAAAUGACAACAAAAAGACACCCUCCAGGUUUGGGAGUUUGAUACAUGUAUCAUAAAAUAGAUCUGCUUUAAAUUUAGGUAACAGCUGCCAGACUUAGUUUAAAGUAAGUGCAGACAGUAAUCAUAUUUUCUUGCAACUACAACAAUCAUUCCACAGCUCCAGUUACACUUUAAAUAUGUGCUUUAAUCUUUAAUCUCGCAAAGAUAAGAAAAGUCUUUUGGUCUUUUUUAAAACAUCAUUUUAAGUUGUCAGUGCCAGUUUUUCCUCGCUCCCAAAACUAUUAUUGCUCUUAUCUUUAACAAUGUUUUACUUUCCACAACCACAUUUUUGGCAGCCAAACAGGACAUUCCUCUGAGACUGUGACCCCCUUUUUUCCCAUUUUUUUUUCUUUGCCUGAAAUUAAACUACCUACAGUUUAGAAGACUGUUAACAGGCAAAACAAAGACUCCCAGACCCGCAUACGGGACGUUCAUGGCAUAACAGACUGUGUAUCAGGGAAUAGCAACGCAUAAGGGUGCUGUUUGGUUUCCCCUUCAGCUUCUUGGAGACUACUCCCUCGACCUCCAUGUGAGACAGGAUGGGCAGCCAGGGCAGCCCAGUGAAAAGCUACGACUACCUGCUGAAGUUCCUCCUGGUAGGCGACAGCGACGUGGGGAAAGGCGAGAUCCUGGACAGCCUGCAGGAUGGAUCUGCAGAGUCCCCUUACGCUUACAGUAGUGGUAUCGACUACAAAACCACCACUAUUCUCUUGGACGGCAGGAGAGUGAAGCUGGAGCUGUGGGACACCUCGGGACAGGGGAGGUUCUGCACAAUCUUUCGCUCGUACUCCCGCGGAGCUCAGGGGAUCCUGCUGGUGUAUGACAUCACCAACAGGUGGUCCUUCGACGGCAUCGACAGGUGGAUCAGAGAGAUCGAUGAGCAUGCCCCAGGCGUGCCUCGGAUCCUCGUGGGUAACCGUCUACAUCUGGCAUUCAAGCGGCAAGUUCCCACCGAGCAGGCGAGGGCGUACGCCGAGAAGAAUGGCAUGACCUUCUUUGAAGUGAGCCCGCUGUGCAACUUCAACGUCAUUGAGUCGUUCACAGAGUUGUCGCGCAUCGUCCUCAUGAGGCACGGCAUGGAGAAGUUCUGGAGGCCCAACAGAGUCUUCAGCCUCCAGGACCUCUGCUGCAGAGCCAUCGUGUCCUGCACGCCGGUCCACCUGAUCGAUAAGCUCCCGCUGCCCGUCGCAAUCAAGUCCCACCUCAAGUCCUUUUCCAUGGCCAACGGAAUGAAUGCCGUCAUGAUGCACGGACGCUCCUACUCGCUGGCCAACCCAGCCGGCGGCUCCAAAGGCAACAGCCUGAAACGCUCCAAGUCUAUCCGUCCGCCGCAGAGUCCGCCGCAAAACUGCACCCGCAGCAACUGUAAGAUCUCCUAACAAGCGCCGCUCCCCGGAUCGCAGCUUGGAGCGGGCGUGGGAUCAGGAGACAGAUGUGCAGGGUUUCGUUAGCUGGAGGAAAUCCCUGAACCCGAAGAGCAGGAAUGAUGGAUAAAGGGAUGAAUGAGCGCUACCUCCCACCUACACGAGGUCAUGUUUCAAGUGUUUAAUGUUCUUUCCAGGUGAAGGGGGAGGGGUUCGAAUGGUGCCUCAGGAAAUUUAGAGAGUGACUACAAAUGUUUUGACCUUAUUUACACUAAAACAAGAGAAAAAGACUCCAGAAACUCUCCUCCCUGCUGGAGAGGCUACUACAUGAACAGAGAUCCCUCACCAACACAUAUUUAGUUACUCUACAUGAUGCACGCCGCUCAGUGUCUGUGCAUCGCCGCAGCCUUCACUUUCACACCUUUCCUGUUUCCUUUUUUUCUGUCCACACAUCCGUUAUUUUUUGUUCUGUGACUGAUAAGCUAACCAUCAAAACACUAGAAAUAAUCAGUCGCUUUUUGUCAGCGCACGUGUGUUUUAAAGUGAUUUUAUAUUAUAAAUCCACAGAGGUUUAGAGGCCCCCCCCCCCCAAAAUACCCCUGGAGGACCCGGCCUGAGCCGAGUCCAGACUUGUUAGUGUGCCUUGAGCCCAAGUGAACAAGCAUGCAGCAGAUAGAUCGCUAAAAGCACGACAGUAACCAUGAAUUAGAAAAUCCACAGAGGUUCAGUUUCCUAUUUUUAGUUUGCAGUCCCUUCAUCUUCUGAUGGACUCCAUUUGUCGCUUAAAUGCAGCCAAAUGUGACGAAUUAUACUGAGGAAUUUAUUUUAAACACGCUUUUUAUAUACAUUUUUUUUAAGGAAAAUGUUUGUUGUUCAAUAUUUCACAUGUGACAGUCAGCCAAUCAAAUGUACAAACCCAAACUGAACUUUUCAGACGGGGUGGAAACGUGCUUGGGACUAUUUUCAGUGGAGGAGUGAUCUACAUUUGGUGUUCUGGUGUGAAGUGUGGUUAUGUGUCAGUGGUGCAUCUGUUUUCUUUUUCACCCGAGAGCUUCAGCGACUUGAUUUUUUCCCCACUCCUUCCUCUCAUCAUGCUUUUCAGAUUUCACGCCUCACCUGUCGUGUCACACCUUUAUAACUCCGCAGAGUCACGUCUGCGCUCACCUGCUGCUUCUCUGACAACGUGCCACCGAUCCAGACUCGCCUCAAAGUGAUGCUCCACCCAAACUCUCUGAAUGAGCGUGUUGGUAACGGAGCAGUUAGUGACACUGCUGCAGUCCAUUAAUCCAUGUGUUGGUUUCACAGAAAACAUCAACAUACGAUAACUUCAGUACAUUUAAUGAAGCCUUCACAUUCUGAAUGUUUUCAGAGUUAUCGGAUCUUGAAGUUCAUCAGGGUGGAUUAAGAACAUUAUACAUGUGCCUCCUCACACUCGUGCACAAACUGUGAUGCUUGCAGUGGGUUUAAAACCGAUUAGUUUGCAUUUUUUAACAGAGCUUCAACAUCUUUUUAAGCCCUGGAAAUUUCACAUGGAUAUCUGUUAGCUGUGAGGGAUCAAAAAAUGCAGAAUAACUGCAAAUUUGGACCCAUUCCCAUGUAAUUAGAGGGCCUGUAACUAUGAAGAUAUUCAUGUGUGAUGGUAAAAUUUUGCUUGGCUUCAUUAAAUAAACUAAAGUUAUUGAACAUAAAAAAUUCAGCUGAUUCUGAGAGACCCACAGACGAGGGACCGAGUGAUUUCUUUUAUUAAGUAAUGCUGCUUUUCUGGGGUUUUCAUUGCAUUUUAAACAGAUUAUCUGUGGUUUUUCGCUCUUUUAUGACUGAAUCAUCAGCUGAAGCUCUAAAUUGAGCACAAAGAACAUAAAGCAGUUCAUUAGACCAUUAGUAGAAGUGAAGCAAAUAUAUGGUGUCACCCUAAUGGCUGCAGUCAGUGUCACAGUUGAUCACUGAGUAAUAAAACCCAAAUCACACUGACUUUGCUGAAACAUGUUCCAGCUGUCAUUGAAUUUCUCGGAUUUUCACUGCAAAAAGUUCAAAUUGAAUUAACUUAAAGUCACAGAAGACAAAGAAAACCGGCCAAUCGUGCAGAUUUGAAAACUGCAAACUGUUAAUUAGGAGCCAGAAGUAGCAGAGAGGAAAUCUCGACAGUGUUUUUGUGCGCUCAGAUCUGAAUGCGUGAGCAGAGAGCCUCAGCACGCAGCUUUUCUUUGAAGUUUUCCACAUGGACGCAGUUUCCCAACACGGCGCUGAAGUGUCAGCGUGCUGUUCCAGAUUAAAAUGAUCAUAUUUACUGUGAUGAAGCGUGGCUCUGUCUGCCGCCGUGAAACUGAAACGGUCAUGAAGCUCUGCUGCGACAUAAUUGGCUCAGAUGUUUCUGUUUUGGUUGCUGAUUGGUGGUUUUGGUGGAUCGGCGAUCACUCGGGCUUCGCUGAGUGUCGCACCCGCUCUUUGUGUAACGUGUUUGGUUUUAUUUUCACAGUUUUCAGGAGUUUAACCCGAGCACAGCUCCAUCCGGUCACAUCUUUAACCCACACAGUCCCCUCAGCUGUUAGCUUACUGCGCUCCUGUGACUCUGCUGCACGUCUGUCUGCUCAUGUGUUUUCCAUAAGUUUAAUUCAGUUUCAGUCUUUGCCUGAGCUCUUGUGACUUUCUGAGAAGCUGUUCAGAUGAUGUGAUAGUUGAAGUUCUGAUGAGGGCAAACAGGAAACCAGUCACAGCGGCUGGUCAGGCUCGUGUUGAAGUGGAAACUUUCCAGUAUUGAUAGUAAACAGUGACCCGUGUGUAUCGGACCGCUCUGAAUGUCACUCGCUGUCUUUCAUAACCAACUUCUCUUUAAGGCACACCAACUCUCAGAGCAAAAUGUCAGGAACAUUUUCACGCUUUAAUCGACUCUUUUCACUUGUUGAGACGUCUCACAGACCAGAACAUUAAUCAGGAGAUGUUAAAAAUAUAAAAAGUCUUUCUCUCAGUGGAAGCAUAAAUAGUUUCACUUCAUUUCAGGAUGCUUAACUUCCUUUUUUAUGCUGUUUGCAAUUUUUACUCUGUGAUUUUCAUCACAUUUCAGAGAAAAUCAAUAAUGUGUUUUAGAUAAACUGCGACCAAAUCAGUUUUCCGCCCACUCAGAGUCUCAAUCUGCAGAUAAAAUCUCGCCUUCACUUCCGUCACAACUAUAAGCUCCUUUCACCAGUGACAAAAACGACAUUAGUUAAUAAUUUUGACCCAGAAGGAGUCGAAGUUAGAAGACGACCGCGGUGUCAAAAUGUAGAAAAAAGCAGACGUGUGGCCGCGUAUCCCACACGGUGACAGUUGGGAUAACUUUAACUUUGCAUGGCGUCAUUAAAUAAACCGUUCAGCAGAAAUCAGCUGACUCUGAGGGGGUCAGGGGUCAGGUGGGAGUGAGCUGCAGGUCCUUUCAGAGGACUGAGGCAUAGAGACGUGUGUUCAGGAUGUCUGCUGUUGGUUUUCCUGAUGUUUGAUGUUUGAAAUUAAAAAAAAAACAGCAGACUGUGCGUUUAAAUGUGAACUCUUGAUAAUCGAAUUAAGCUGCGACCACGAGGUUGGAAUUAAAUGACCGUCCGCCUCGUGUUUGCCGUCCGUGUUCCCGCCCUGCUCGUUCUCCUGUGAGCGCAGCGCAGCGUCGGCCUCCGUGUGCGAGCGGCCGCUCGUGUAGAAACGAGCCGGAACACGUGAACUCUUCCGAGUCGCUGCGUUUCAAACUCCUCCGACUGGAUCUCCCACAGGAACCGAAGCAGCAGGUCUUCUUCUCUCUCUGCCUCUGAUCUGCACCGCCGCCUCCGCACGCUGUCCCAUGAUUCAUAGCUACUGAAUAAUAGAUGCUCCUUUCAUAGAUCUCUGAAGAGCUUCAUCUCCGUCUCUUUCUUCCUCUCUGCUCGCUGCGUGGUUUGUUUCCUCCUCAGUUUCUGCUUCUGCCUUCUUUUCCUUCGCCUUAAAAUCCUGCAGAUGAUCGUUUUUUCUCCACGCUUCGUUCCAGGUUUUGUGGCGUCUCUUCAGGCGAUCGGAGGGAGCGCCCUCUCCAUCCGCUCGGCUUUGUUUUGUCUCCUUUCUCGCCUUUAAUGAUGCCCCCCACUGAUCCAGAGUCAGAUUAUUCCUCCACCACACACAUUAACUGUAGUUCCAGCAGCACCCUCAGGACCAGCCUAAUGUUCUCUAAGAAUAGCUAAACCAUGAGAUUAGUCUUGUUUAUGGUGGUUUAAUGUUCAGUGAUCUCAGCACAGUAAACAGCAUCUGUGCUCGGUCUCUCACUGAAAGUGUUUUAGUGCAAAGCUUCUAAAAAUAGAAGCUCAAUUGGGCUGAAUGCUGCUCAUCUAAAAUAACGCACAAGUCACCUGAAAGGUCAAAUAAGGAAGAUUCAGAGUUUAAGUUCUCGAUAAACUGCAGAGAUAUGAGUGGCUGAUUAAAGGAGAAACAUGGCGUAGAUUUACAGCUGACCUGUUCAGCUCGUUUCCAGCUCCCUCAGAGCAGCUUUGCAUGAUUCACAGUUCAAAAUAACCCUUCUUUAUCUGAAACCAGGCCUCGGUGCAGCCCCUCAGCUCAUCCUCUGCCUGAAACAGAGUAAUUUAGGCUACCACGUGCAAUCAGAUGGUCCGAGAUACAAUAUUAGGCAUGUCCACUCUCUGUGAAUUAAGACGAUUCAUCUUAAAUGUUUUCGUGUUUUCAGUCCUAAAGAUUUCGACAUACCCCAUAUUUCAUGCAGGAUUGUAAACUACACUUAAAGCACUCUGCAUGUUUCUGUUAUAAUGCCAGACUUCUAUAUUAAACAUGUCUAUUGGUUCUAAUAAUGAGGCAACGAUAUGUAAAUGUAACCCCUUUAAGUCGAAGUUCAGCCUCUUUCUGCUGUGAUUAAGGUUUAGAGAAGCAGAUUUCCUCAUACAGUCCUUUCUGCAGACAGCACAGCUCAGAAAUACCCAAAACUGCCUCUCAGCAGUCGUCCAGACUUUAGCCAGUCAGAAGAAGGUUCAGGAAGGUGGGGCCUUUAAGCAACGGGAGGAAAGUCAGCUUGUUUGACAGAAAGGCCGGGCGGCGAUAAAUAAGGUCUUUCCUGAUCUGCGAGUCAUGCGGCGCUGCUCUGAUGGAGUCCCAGAAUGAAAAUGCAUGUAAAUAAUUGGAGGAACUUUUACGUUUGAACUCAGAGCACAGCUGAAUAAAAGGAAAUCAGCAGUGAUGAUCACAUGGUUUUUAGUAAAUGUGCAGAAACACUCUCGUAGUCACAACAACAGCAGGAAGUGAAGAACAUGUCCUCCUGAUGAGGAGCGUGUGAGCGUGGUUCAGCAUUUUUCUUUUCCUGCAGUUUUCACACGUAUUUUAAACGUUUGUUACGGAAGUUCAAGAAUGGGGAAAAAAGCUCUCACACCAUCAGGUUUCAUCUCUUUGCCAACAUUUUUAGGUUUUUAUCUUCUCCCACUCUGAGGCUUUUAUUUGCCUAACAUCAGCACAAUAAACCUCGUGUGUUGUUAUUUGUUCAUCCAACCACAGUUUUUUAUUUGCAUAACCACAGAAACAUUCACAGAGGAUUGUGGGAAUGUUUGUAACAACGAAGAAAAAUGACCAGUAGAACACUACUCCUGUCUUUUUGGCUGAAGCUGCUGAACGAGUGUGUGUGUGUGUGUGUGUGUGUGUUUGUGAAUGUGUGUGUGAGUGUGAGAGAGAGGUAAUGAUCUUUAAACAUCAAGCUGAACAUUUUUCUUUCUUGUUUUUAAAUUAUUGAUUGUACAGUUUAAGGCGAUGUGUAUGAAGAUUUUUCACAAUAAAAGUAUUGAAUGUUGACGUCAA